AGAUGCAGCGUAUAAAUGUGAACACUACAAGUGGUAAUGGUGCACCAGAUGGUAUUUGUUAGUGAGACUGAUAAAGAAAGCAUUACCACAGUGCAUGAGGGAAAUAUCCGAGUUGUUUAGCAACAGGUGUUGAUAUUUUGAUACGACCCCUACUGCCCCCGUGGGCUGAGUUGCACUGCAGUGAUCGAGAGGCCGGGAACACAUGCACGCUGAAGUGGCCAGUCAACACGAUUGCUGCAAUCAAAACGGGAAAUUUUACCGAUUUUGGGGAAAUAUCUGAAAGAAGUUUGCCAGGACAGUGUCAUUCUGAAUGGUUUGAGGCGUCACGCUGUUUGCAAACCUACAUCAUUCUAUAUAAAGACGCGGAGAUCUCUAUGAAGGUUUAAGAGAGACGAGAAUUCAGAACUGCCAUUUUAAACAUAUGGCUCAUCAUUUGACGUGGCCUAUGAAAACAGACAUUCCCGGGCGCACCGAUUGCUGUUGAACGAGACUGGGAGUGGCGAAACAUCCGAUUGGACGGACGGUUGAUUUGAUUGACAGCUCACUGCAGUUUGCUGGCUGUCAACUUUUAACUGGACCCAGCUAAACAGGACUGUAGUUCCUUGGCAUAUUCGUUACGAAAGCGACGGUGUCUGGAGAAAAUCGCUACGCAUGACUAAAAUUCAAUUUUAACAGAUCGGACGCCGUAAGUUAUAAGUAUGAUUGGCGUUUUCGGAAGCCUUGCCUCCUACAACAAACUCAAGGGUAGCAACGAUGACGACUGGGUUGAUCGUCUGAAUCACAUCUAUACUGUGGUCUUGUUGGCCAUUUUCGCUGUGUUCGUCAGCACAGGGACGUAUGUGGGCGACCCUAUACAAUGCUGGUGCCCUGCGCAAUUCACAGGUUCCUACGUGGCCUAUACCAAGUGGAUCUGCUGGGUGUCGAACACUUACUACCUCCCAAUGGAGAAACCCAUACCCGUGGAGAUACCCACCCGUGAGGACCGCGAGUUGACCUAUUACCAGUGGGUGCCGGUAAUCCUGCUCUUCAUGGCAUUGCUCUUCAAAAUGCCCUGCGUAUUCUGGCGUAUCUUCAGCAGCGGUUCUGGCGUAAAUCUGGAGAAGGUCGUCGAUCUCACGGUCGCCAGUCAACUUGGCUCGCCGGAAAAACGCGAGGAGACCAUCCGACACAUCGCCAUCUACCUGGAUCGCUGGCUGGAGACCCACCGAGAGUACCGCUACAACAUGUACGUCAGGAUGCGCCAGAGACUGUCGCGAGUUUGCUGUUUCUUCUGUGGAAAACGUGAGGGAACCUACCUAACCGGCUUCUACCUGGUCAUCAAAGCCCUCUUCGUUGCCAACGUCAUCUCCCAAUUUUUCCUGCUGAAUGGUUUCAUGGGUGGAUUUUACAGCGUAUACGGUUUCGAGGUUAUCCACGGCCUGAUGAACAACUACAACUGGAAGGAGUCAUACCGUUUCCCGAGAGUCACUCUGUGUGAUUUUGAGAUUCGUCAGCUUCAGAACAUUCAGCGUUAUACUGUCCAGUGUGUCCUUCCCAUCAACCUGUUCAACGAGAAAAUCUUCAUCUUCAUUUGGUUUUGGUUCGCUUUCGUGGCCGCCAUCACGACCGGCAACUUCCUGUUCUGGUUGUGGCGUGUUCUUUUCAAGAGAAACCGAAACCAGUACGUGAAGAAGUACCUGAAAGUCAUGGAUCAGAUUCACACCACAGAAGACAAGAAGAUCUGCCAGAAAUUUGCGGAUCAGUAUCUCCGUGACGACGGCCUCUUCGUGCUGCGAUUGGUUAGAAAGAACUCCAAUGAGAUGCUUUUGGGCGAUCUCAUCCGGGAACUCUGGAAAAUAUUCUGUGCCAAGCCGUUGGUUAGGAAAAAUUCUGAAGAUUAUGAUGAGUCACAGGCUUAACGUUGACAUUCCCACGCCUAGUCAAGCUGUCAAUCUGUCAAUCAAACAAUCAGGCCUGUGUGGACGGCAAUACUUCUGGUGUGGCUUCCAUAUGACCUUGCUUCAGUUAAGAUUAACUUUGGGGGCUGCUUUGAUUUAUACAUUAUCCCAUCGAUGAUUCAUGUUUACUCACUGGACUUCGUAGUCGUUCAGAAAUGUUCAUUCCAGACUGGUGAAAGAGACUUACAGAUGCCAUUCCUAUGACAGAUUGCGUUCAUCAACAUCCAGCUCAGAAGUCGGUCAACCAGCCAGUCAGCCAGUCAGCAAAUCAUUCCCAAUAUCUCCCUGAAUUUCCCCAGACUUCCUGAAAACUGUAAAUUUCCUUAAAGUUCUUGAUCUCUAUAUUUGCUAAGCAGUUCUUGAUGUGACUUUGAGAGCAACAAACAGGGUUUGUAAUAAAUUAACUUUUGGUUGGUGCUCUCUCUGGUAGCAACAGAACUUUUGAAUUACAUACAUGAAAUGAGGUUAUUUUUGCUGAACAAUUGCAUUUCUUGUUGAUGACUUUGCAUUAGAACAGUUUUGAGAAAAAUCGAAAGAAAUCAGCUUUAUUUAUAGCCAGAUAUAUUUCAGGUUUUUCGUCAAACCUUUACGGAAUGGGAAUUAAGUCAUUGCAUUUAUUCAUAUUGAAACCAAAUUUGUUUGUCGGAAUGUAUGGUAUAACAUGUAAGCAUUUUUUGAUAUUUGAAUUGGAUGCAAGGGUUGUUUAUGAUUUUUUAUGUUUGUUUUGCUAUAAAGUUCCCAUGAGCAUAGUUCUUUUCAUGUCCAUACAGCUAUGACACUGCACUUAAUAAGUUGUUAGCAUCUGCAGUUGGGAUAUAUACUGUGGGGCAUUUUGGGCAUCUUUGUUGUUGCAAAGGUUCGAUUCCGUUUUAUGUCUGAGGCAUUUUGGGCCUGUUCUUGUUGUAAAGAUCUAAUACCGUGCCCUCUCUUCCAUGUGUUAUGUUUUUAGUGUUUUAAAUGCCCUGAUUUUUUGGCUUAAAUUCAGUCCAUGGACUUAUGCAAUAUUAUCUUGGAAUCAUGACGUCUCGCGUACUUGCAGUAGCAUUGUUUGUUUCUGCAAUGACUUAAGUUUCGUUGAUUCCAAACCUUCCAGGAAGUGCAUUCUACAGCUUAUGUAUUACUGUUUUUAUUUAAAUAUACUUUACCUUCUAAAUAUGUCUAAAUGAAAUAUUGCAAAAAUUUUGACCUUAGUUAAUAAUUCCCUAUGACCGGGUUCUUGAUAGACAAUCAACUGAUCAGUUAGUUAAAGAAUCGCCGCUAGGUUGUUGCAGGUUAUGAAUUUAUCUUAUGGUACAAUUAAUAUUGCUAGAAUUACAUAUUUUUCUGUCAGUGAUUUGCCAUGAAAUUUGCCUUGUACUUGAUACUCUGGUUUUCCUUGAAAUGCAUUCAGUACGACACAUGUUUGGUUAUUGUUUACUUAUUCCUGCUUGUAUUAGACGUGUAAAAAAUGUAAGCAAUUUUUUUUUUUUAAACUAGAACAUUGCCUUCUGGUGUGAGAGCAUUUGAUAAGAGUGUUGAUGAGCAUAUAUAUUUUGUAUACACUUAUAAAUUUCACGGCGGGUGAGAAGAUUUCUUCCGCUAUUAUCUGCAAAGCCAUGUGAUAUACCAACUAUUAUGCAAUUGGUGACGUUGUUGUUGUUGUAACAUUCAUUCCUGUCAUUACCCGAGAUAUUUAGAUUUUGAAGUCUUCCGUUGAAAUGAAGUGCACAAGAUAUUUGAUGAUGUUAGAUUCGAAUGCUUGGCGUGGGUACUCAUUUUUUUCCCCGAUGAUGACGUUCCUUUAUCGUAAUGAAAACUGGACAUAGUUAUGGGAUGUGCACUGUCAGAUAAAAUGUCCGGAUUUAAUCCGCAGCUGUGGCCUUCCAACAAGACAAGAUUUACCUGCUAAACCGAAAUCUGGUGAUAUUAUCGCUUUGUAAAUAAAGGCCAAAAAUAACGGACGUAGGAUAACUUAUUAUAAAUUGCCUCUUAUAUGCAAUGGCUGUGUGUCUGUUUCCGACAAUCAACUAUAUAUAUAUAUAUAUAUAGGAAAGCCAAAAGACAAACAAAUUUUUGCUUUGGCGUGUACUUACGCAGGUUGAUUAUCAGUCGAUCAACCAGAAUUGGUUACUAAUGUCUACAAUAGAGCUUCGUCAACUUUUGCUGGUGGAGAAUAGGUACAUGUUACAUCUUGUAAAUUGGACACAUCUUUCGAGUUUUUGGUGCGUUAUGUCUUGAAAAUAAAAGGAGUAACAAUGAACAAUUGUAAAUUGUCCAACGACUCAAGCAGUCGUCUGUAUGUAUUAGUGUAAGGUAGAAAGACGAGAUAAAAGGGUUAACGUUGUUAAUUGUUAUUUUUUCAUAUGGACAGUUCAUUUAAGUGUUUGAACAUUUUUUUUUUGUAUUUGUUAUAAAUGUUCAUGUUUCAUUUUAUAUUCUGACAUUAUUGCAUGCGUUAGCUUAUAAGUUUAAAUUGUUGUAAGAAAUGCGUCUCAGAAAUCGCGUGAAUGGUUGAUCGGGGAUGAGAUUACGUCAUCGAAAAUUAUUAAUCAUGUGAUUUCCAGUUUAAUUCUUUUAUGCAAUGAAACGAUGUGUAACAUAUGAAGUAUAAACCAAUCAAAUGAGGAAUACAUGAGGAGUUUGGAUGAGUUUAUUAGUCAAGGUGUUUAUGAAUAAUACUUUCGUUAACCCCAUGGGAUCAAACAAGAUUUGAACGACGUGGCGCAGGUCUAGAGAGUGACAAAAGCGGUCAGGCAUUUGUUAAAAUUUGUGGAUUUUGUGUUACAACGGCCUUGUCUUGCAGAAAAGUGGAAAAAACUGCUGAGUAUACUAGUAAUAUAUAUACAUAGUGGCCUCCAUCAAUCAUCUCAUCGUUCAUCUCCGAUAACUUGUAGCGCAUGCGUGCAUUUAUGGUUUGCGGGGAAGACAUAAACUAUGCACGUUAUCCAACUUGAAGAUAUGUAUUUGGAGAAUUUUAUUUUAAUAAAAUGUUGCUUUGAAACUAAA